GUUUCGGACUGACUUCCCUUGACACCGGUACUCUUACGCUGGAAUACCAUUUGCCUUGUGAACACAUUGGGUUUGUUACAUAAGAUUUUGAGGGACUAUGCUAUUCCUUGGCAACCAAGCUCUGCUGCACCUCAGAAUUAAGGAUCAAACCCCUCAGGGUUACAGCAGUUUCUCACACAGAUGAGUCCCAUCCAUUGGAACCCAUGCAGGUGACCAGUGAUGGCCACAGAAUCUGACUCCACAGACAAUUCAAGUGAAGGCGAGGCAAACGCUGAUCAGAUAUUAAGUGCAACAGAAAAGAUCAUACUCAUAUUCUUCCUCGCUGUCAUAAUAAUUCUGACUGUACUUGGCAAUCUGCUGGUGAUGGUGGCUGUCUGCAAAGACAGGCAACUCAGAAAAAAGAAGACUAACUACUUCAUUGUGUCGCUGGCAUUUGCUGAUCUCCUGGUGGCACUGGUGGUCAUGCCUUUUGCAACAAUAGAGCUAGUGACAAGCACCUGGGAGUAUGGAGAAACUUUCUGUCUGGUCCGGACGUCACUGGAUGUCAUGUUGACAACCGCAUCCAUCUUGCAUCUGUGCUCCAUUGCACUAGAUAGAUACUAUGCUAUUUGCUGUCAACCAUUGGUCUACAGGAACAAAAUGACACCUCUGUGUGUUGCUCUCAUGCUGGGUGGAUGCUGGGUAAUUCCAUGCUUAAUUUCCUUUCUGCCCAUUAUGCGAAGCUGGAAUGCCAUUGGAAUUGAGGAAAUUAUAGACUCAAGAAAGUUCAGCAGUGCCACCAAUGAGACCUGCGUCUUCUUAGUAAACUGGCCUUACGCCAUCAGCUGCUCGGCUGUGGCCUUCUACAUCCCCCUGGUCCUGAUGGUGCUGGCCUACCAGCGGAUAUACAUAACUGCCAUGGAGCAUGCGCGGCAGAUCAGGAACCUUCAGAAAGCGGGCUCGGCCUGUGAAGCACUUGAGGGCUCUGACCACCAUGGCCCCAGCCGGAUGAAGGUGGAGACUAAAGCGGCCAAGACUCUAGCCAUCAUUAUGGGCUGUUUCUGCCUUUGCUGGGCCCCUUUCUUCAUCACCAACAUCAUUGAUCCGUUCAUCGACUACAGCGUUCCCUGGCAGAUGUGGACAGCCUGGCUCUGGCUGGGGUACAUCAACUCAGGCUUGAACCCUUUCCUGUAUGCCUUUCUGAACAAGUCAUUCCGACGUGCCUUUCUAAGGAUACUUUGCUGUGGGGAUGAGCGAUAUGUGCGUGCUGGAAGCUUCACAUCAUCACGAACAUACACCACCUCGGCCAACAGAACUUCCAUAUCAAUGAGAUUAGCAUUCCUUUCCAAUCGACAUCACAGCGAGAAUGGAAGGCAGAUUCUUUCCAAUGAUCUGGAAUCCCAGGAUUCAGUCGGAGAGUUCCCAAGGAAAGAAGGGUUUCAGCACUGAAUCAAAAGUGAAGCUGCAAUUAUAUAAAUAUAUAUAAAAAAAUAUUAUACUGUUGUAUUUAUUUUAAUGUAAAUGUUCAGCUUCGAAAAGGAGCAAUGGUAAUUUUUUUGUUACUAUGUGACAGCUUAAUUGUUUUAUAAUCUGGUUUUCAAUUGUGCUGAAGGGGUAUAUUUGAAAUUAACAUAUUUUUAUAAUAACCGAGUUAAAUGAGCACUUAAAAAAAAUUAAUGGGGCUCAAAUGUUUAUCUGCAAUGGAUUAUUGUGUACACCAAGAUAAUGCAAGUCUGCAGUGUUUUGUUUUAAAUCUGUUUGAACAAUGUAUCAAUGACAAUUUGGAGAAGACACAUUUGGAACUAGGAUUUAGCCCUGGACUAACAUAGAUAUUUUGGCCCACUGCAUUCAUUUCACAAUUUGUUUUUUAAUUGAUCAUGUAUUCAUUUAAUUCUUGAUAUGUCUUCCAAAGAGUUAUUCAGUGGUCAUUUUAUCAAGGGAUUAGGACAGCCUGAACAGUACAAAGACCAACCAUGAAAAACAAUGAAUGAAAGCAGCUCCUAUAAAUGUAUAUUACCAUGAGUUGUGUCAAAAGCACUUUAUAGUACCGAAACAUAGAACGAUACGGAUAUGUUGCAAGUUUGAAAGAGAAGACUACAUAUUAACAAAAAACAAAAAAAAUGUAUGCAAUUAAAUGUCAUUAUUGCAUGAAUGUAUUAAAUGUGUUCUUGUAGUUCCACUACAGAUGUUACAAUAGGCUUCUUCAGCAGAUUAUACUAUUAGUCUUGUACCAUAUAUACAAGUUUUCAUUGCAAUAGGAAUUCUUUAGAAUUGCAUUGGUUUCAAACAGGUAUAUCAAAAACCAAUAUACAUUGGGUAUGUGAAGUUUGCAGCUCCAAGGCUAAUUGGCAAAAACUUAAAGUGAUGGGGCUCCCGAGUGGUGAAUGUGCUCCGCGUGGAGAGCAGGAUGUGCCCUAUAGCCUGGACGUCGCCGAUUUGAGUCCAGGCUAUUCCACUGCUGACUGAGGACGGGAGCUCCCAGGGGACGAUGCACAAUUGGCCGAGCCCUGCCGGUGGGGGAGGGGGGGGGGGGGGGCGGGGUGUCCUUGGCUCACCACACACCAGCGACCCCUGUAGUCUGGCCAGGUGCCUGCAGGAUUGCCUGUAAGCUGCGUUGUCCUCCAAUGCUGUAGCUAUGAGGUGGCUGCGUGGUGGGUCUGCAGUAUAAAAAAGCAGUCAGCUGACGGCACAUGCUUCGGAGGACAGCGUGUGCUCGUCUUCGCCGCUCCCGAGUUAGCGCGGGGGUGGUAGCGGUGUGCUGAGCCUAAAAAUAAUUGGCUAUUCUAAAUUGGGAGAAAAUGAUAAAACAAUAAAGGCAACUACUAAAUUUAAAAUAAAUAAAUAACAAAGUGAUGAUGCAGUAAUCUGAGGAUUUUUUUUUACAAACCUUAAUUGGCACAAAUAUUGAGUCUACUUAACUUUACCAUAGGUAAUCACAGAUUUGUGCUAAUCACUCUGUAAAUCCAGUGAACAGUAUUUUAUGUACUGGAAUUGUACCCAUGCUGCACUGACCAGGAGAGACUAUUAUAUAGAAAGCAAUAGAUGAAGGCAACAUUUCUCCACCACGUUUUGGAACUGCAGAUCUUUAACAAAGACCUUACUCUUAACAAUCUGGCUCUUUUUUUUUUUUAAAUCUGGAUAGUGCAAAAGAUCCUUCGAAACUCUCCAUUGGCGAGUGCUGCUUUGGAAAGUAAAUAAACAAAACAGAACCGCAUGAUUCUCAUUAUGUUGUAUCUGUAAUUUUGAAAGCAUCCAAGCUAGUGUUUCUCAGUUGUUUAGAAGCCAGGGACCAGCCCAUCCCAAAAAAUAAACAUCCAACAAUGUCAAUUUACACUCACCUAAGUUCUCUCUCUUGGGUCAGUUUUUUCCCCUGCAGUGCAAUCCCAGGAACCAGCAAGGAGGCCCUCACGGACCAGUCAUUGUGAAACAGUGAUCUAAGCUAUUUUUCAAAAUACUUAUAUAUGAAAUAUAUCUACUUUAAUACAAUACUUUCAUAUGGUGUUUAAAGGCACAUGUUAAAAGUAAUGUCUGGAGUACCAUCAAGAAUAUUCAGGAUCUAAACAACUGAAAAUUCUGCAAUAUGUCCUCACAACAUCUGUAAAUACUUUAACAAGUUCUGCAUAUCUGUUUACUUAUAAACCAAAUACACCACUAACAUCCUUUUGUGGGGACAUUUAUUAGCAUAAUGGCAUAUUUCUUUCUUUGAUAUAAUCUUAAUUUGGUAAACAAUUGUCUUAACCUCACACAUUUCAGAAACAGUCGAUAUCUUCAUAUAUUCCACUUUACAACCAGUACUGCUGUCAGUUUUACAUUUAAAGAGAAUAAAUGAAACUUGAACAUGAAGCAAAUUGUAAAUUGCAGUCCAGAUCAUAUGAUUCACGGUCAGGAUGAAAGUAAAUGUAUUGUUCCAAUCAAAUGAAAAACAUUUUGCUAC